AUGUACCAGAGUGCUUGCAGUGCAGCUGCUGGCGGUUGCUCGGAACCGGAGCGCCAUGACCGGGAUGGGCUGAUAACGCACGAAACGGCCGUCGCUCCGGUGGAGCACGAUUACAGUGGGUUCGAUAUCGUGAAAGCAACACAGUACGGUGCGAUAGCACGCGUGAAAGAGCUCAUCGAGGCUGGUUGGGAUGUGAAUCAGCCGGACAGCGAAACCGUAACCCUAUUACAUUGGGCCGCGAUCAAUAAUCGUAAAGAUAUCAUCAAAUAUUUCCUCGACAAGGGUGCGAUAGUGGAUGCGGUCGGGGGCGAACUGAAUGCUACACCGCUUCAUUGGGCCACACGACAGGGUCAUCUUGGUGCGGUAGUACUGCUGCUAGCGGCUGGAGCAGAUCCGAGUCUUCGUGAUGCGGAGGGUUGUUCGUGCAUUCAUCUAGCAGCCCAGUUCGGACACACGGCACUGGUGGCGUACUUUAUAGCGCGAGGCGUGAAUCCCGACUUGCAAGAUCGCGGUGGCAUGACGGCCCUAAUGUGGGCUGCUUGGAAGAUAUCCGCCUUGGAUCCGGUCCGAUUGCUACUAACGUUGGGCGCUAACCCAAGCCUAGCCGACCAUACGCACGGCAAUACCGCACUGCACUGGGCCAUCCUUGCGCGUAACGCAACCGCCAUCACUACGCUUGUGCUGAAGGGUAAGGCAAACAUGGAGGUGCCGAACCUACGUGGUGACACCCCGCUCACGAUGCUCCAGCCGCACCUGGGUUCGAUCUGGAUCGGUACGAAAGUGUCCGAUCGGAUCCGGGAACUCACGCAGCAAUCGCACCGUCGGAACCUGCUCGUACGUAUGACGCUCGACAAACGGUUCCGCUGGUGGAGCAUGAUAGCGACACCGUUUCUGGUAUUCUACCUGGUUGGGUUAGUGUUCUGUGCCGACACGCAGAUCAUCAUUAAAAUUUUCCUGCUCGCCUGUCUGUACAGUGUGUCGUACACGAUUGGGCAGCAUCUGUUCGACGAGAACCUUAUGGCGCUGCUGCCGCUGAGCGUGUAUAUGGCCACCAAGCUGUGGUUCUACGUUACCUGGCUGACUUAUAUCGCACCAACCGUAUCGUUCCUCGCUUCAAUGGCGUUCCUUGCCUGCAGUGCGGCGUUGUGGGUUUGUUUCCUGAAAUCUUGGCGCGGUAAUCCGGGUGUCAUACAGCCGACGCAGGAACAAAGGUUUAGGACCAUCAUUGAACUUUCGGAGCGCGGCGCUAGUGGAUUUGAGCCUUCAGCCUUCUGUUCCGCCUGUCUAGUCCGGCGACCGGUGCGCUCGAAGCACUGUUCCGUGUGUGAUCGAUGCGUUGCCCGGUUCGAUCACCAUUGUCCUUGGGUGGGCAAUUGUAUCGGUGCUAAAAAUCACAAAUACUUUAUGGGGUUCUUGUGGAUGCUUCUGAUCAUGUGUGGCUGGAUGCUGUAUGGAGGCUCUAAUUUCUACGUACAAACGUGCUCUAUCAACAUGGAUGAUGGUUUGUGGUCCGCACUUCAGGCGAUUGGCUCCUGCAACCCUUGGGUCGGGUGGGUAAUGGGUAAUGCCCUGCUGCACAUGUCCUGGGUCACGGUGUUGACCAUCUGUCAGAGCUAUCAGGUCGUGUGUCUCGGUAUGACGACCAACGAGCGUCUGAAUCGUGGCCGAUACCGUCACUUCCAGGCCAAGGGUGGAAAGAGUCCAUUCAACCGGGGCCCGUUGAAAAAUUUGUUCGAUUUCCUCGAGUGCAGCUGUUUCGGGCUGGUGCAACCGCAGCGUACCGAUUGGAUGCAGUUCUUCGAGUUCGACAAGCACGUUGAGCACGAACCAUUGCUACGACCCGACAACUUUCAGUACGUCUGA